UUUGGGUGCUGCCUUGUGCUGUCCUUUGGGUGCUGCCAGGUGGGCUCUGCUGUCCUUUGGGUGCUGCCAGGCGGGCUGUGCUGCCCUGUGCUGCCUUGUGGCGGUGUCUGUGUGUGUCCCCCUCCCGGUGGCCGUGCUGGGGCCGGCUCCGUGCGUGCCCCGCGGCCUCAGCAGCAGCAGCAGCAGCAGCAGCGCUGUGUCAGCAUCGAUCGCUGCCGGCCGGGAAGGGGAAUGCUCCGCUCCUCUGACGGCUGUCCCCAAGCUCCUGUCGGGCUGCCUGUCCCCCAGGACAGAGCCUGGAAAGGAGGGUACAACACCCGGCCAGGGCUGCUGCGGACGCUGCUGUUUGUCCCCCCCCAGCCCGGGUGCAGCACUGGGAGCACUGGGAGCCAGCGCAGCGCUGCAGGGCACGGCCUGGAUGGUCCCGAGGGUUUUGGGGGUUCUUCCCCCACCUCUGUUGUCCCCCAGGGCUCAGUGGCAAGGUUCAGAGCCACCUGGGUGCCCCUAUGUCCUGCCAGGCCGUGAUGUCCCUGCCUGGGGGGUGGCAGGUUUGCUGCUGGCGGCGCCUCAUCCUCUGUAGAGCCCUGGGGAGCACAGAGGACAAGGCCAGGUCAGCUCCCGCAGGCACACAGGGCACCCUGUGAGGGGCACCCCACAACGAUUCCCUGCAGGGAUCCCCUCCAGCCGCUCCUGCUGGGACAGGCCAGCUCCCGGCUCCUCUCUCAUCCCUGCAAGGCUUCCUUGGACGCACCAAAGGUGGAGGCUGCCGUGGGGCAGCAAGGCUGUGACACUGGGACACUUCCUCCUGCCUCGGGUGCUGUGACCCAUCCCCACACAGCCAUCCCUGUGUCCCUGAGCCCUCUGGGGCUGGAUGGGGAUGUCCCCGUGGCUGCCAGCCCAGCCAGGAGCCAUCCCCCGGUUUGGCCAUACCCGAGGGCACCGCUCAGCCCCGGGAGCCUGAGGCUGCUGCCGGCUCCCAGCUGGCAGCGGGAGCUGCCCAGCCCAGCUGUGCCUGCAGCCCGGGCACGGCUCCUGUCCCUGCUGCAGAGCCUGGCCCCUUUCCUGCCCUGCUUGCAGGCGGAGCAGCCGGAGCAGCCCUGACCUGCGCCCAGCUUGGCCUCGGCAGGAAGCGCUGAGAGCAAAGAGCAGCAGCCCAAGGGGAGAGCGCCCCCGAGGAUGGGCAUGGAGGUCAUGGCCCCCCCCAUCAUCAACGCCCUGAACGGCUCCUCUGUGAAGCUCUCCUGCACCUUCAACUCCUGCUACAAGGUGGAGAACAAGCAGUUUUCCCUCAACUGGACGUACCAGGAGUGCAGUAACUGCUCGGAGGAGCUGUUCCUGCAGUUCCGCACCAAGAUCAUGAACAAGCAGCUGGAUCGCUUCGGGAACCGCGUGGAGUUCACCGGCAACCCCGCCAAGUACGACGUGUCCUUCACCCUCAAGAACGUGCAGCUGGAGGACGAGGGCACCUACAACUGCUACGUGCUGAACCCCCCGGACCGGCACCGGGGCCACGGCAAGAUCAGCCUCAAGGUGCUCACCCAAGAGCCCCCCAAGCACGACUCGACGGUGGCCGUGAUCGUGGGCGCCUCCGUGGGCGGCUUCCUGGCCGUGGUGAUCCUGGUGCUGAUGGUGGUGAAAUGCGUGCGCCGGAAAAAGCAGCAGAGGCUCAACACGGACGACCAGAAGACGGAGGAGGAAGGGAAGACGGAUGGUGAAGGCAACCCCGACGAGGGCACCAAGUAAAGGCCCCCUGCCCGCCCCUCCCUCCUGCCCCCUGUACAGUGUGACCCUCUUGAUGUGCUUCCAGAGCAAGGAUUUCUGUGUCCCCGGAGCAUCCCUCCUUCCAUGCCAACACCCACCCCAGCCUGGGGCAGGGCGCAGACAGGAGGUCCCUGGAGCCUGGCUGGGCUGGGCAGGGCUGGGGAGAGGGGCUGAGGGCCCUGAGGCUGAGCUGGCACCGGCCCGUGCCCUGCUCUGGGUUGUGCCAGUGUGGUGAGGAGGUGCUGGGGACAGGCUGGGGCGGGUGAGGGGGGAUCUGCGCAGCCCCCACACACAGAGGGGCUGGAGCAGGGGGUGCCAGGAGAGACAGAGGGGUCUGGGCAGCCCCGUGCCCCAUUGUCUGCUCUCUGUCCCGGUGGAAAAUGUGAGCCGGCAGUGUGCCCUUGGGGUCAGGGCUCAUCCCGAGCUGCUCCUGCUGUGCCUGGGCCACUGGCACUGGUGUUCCCAUCCUGAGGGAUCCCAAUAGCUGCCAGGCUCCUCCUUGCAAGCUCCUGCUCCUCAGGGACUGUCCCAAGCUGCUCAGAAGUCAGAGGCCAAGGCCAUGAACCCCCCCAGUGUCCUGGAGCUGUGCAGGGUUUUGGAACCGUGACCAGCCCUUGGUGUGUGAGGGAUGGACCCUUCUGCCUCUCGGGCUGGUUUUGGGUCUGAGCAUCUCAGCCCAAGGUGCUGGGCUGAUGUUUUUGUGCUCCUUUCCUUCUUGAGGAGGGUGGUUGUGGUGGAAAUGUCCUGCUGAUGUGUCAGACUGGGGUGUGGGGAGUGCUGGGGUGAGGCCGCUCGGGCCAAGGAGCUGCUGAAAGGGAGAGGAGCCUUUGGGCACUUGCUGGGAAGGACUGGGCACAGCAGCAGGCCCAGAGUUAGGACAGCUCUGUCACCCUGCGAUGCUGAGACUGCCGCCUCCAGCCUCCCUGCAGAGCUCUGCACACUGUAACUGCCAUGGCAAUGCACUGCCAGCGUGCCCAGCCCCCUGUGCCACCUGCCUCACCCGCCAGGUGAGCUGUGCUGGCUGCAGCACCGGGCUGCAGGCAGGGAAUGACCCAGGGCAGUGUCCCCUGUGGCACCAGGCCUGAGCUUCUCUCCUCCUGUGGCUGCCAGGAGGGGGACAGUGCCCAGAGCCACAGGGGACACUGCCCUGGGGCAGGGGAUGGAGGUCCUGCCACCCACGAGCAGCACUGCCAGGGGAGAAGGGACACCUGUGACACGUCCCUGUGCAGAGGAGGGACACCUGUGCAGUGUCCCCGUGCAGAGAAGGGACACCUUUGACACGUCCCCGUGCAGAGAAGGGACACCUUUGACACGUCCCCGUGCAGGUGCCAUCCCAGCAAUGCCAUCAGGCCCCAGGGAUGGGGACAGCUCUGCCCUCCCCGCUCUGCCCCAUCUCUUCCCACCCGUCCAUCGCACCCGACCCCGCUGGGCUCCACACUGCUCCUUCCCCUCCGCAGCAGGAAUGUGCCGUGUCCCACGCCUGUCCCCAUCCCCGCGAGGGCCAGGCUGUCCCCGCGCUGUCCUCGGGCUGUUCCCGGGCAGUCCCCGCACUGUCCCCGCGCUGUCCCCGGGCUGUCCCCGCGCUGUCCCCGGGCUGUCCCCGGGCAGUCCCCGGGCAGUCUCCGCGCUGUCCCCGCGCUGUC